AUCUGCGCUGGGCAUGUUUACUGAAAGGUAUGGCUCCUUUUAAACUGAUUCUGUUCAUUUCAGCAAUGUAGCCCUCUGAAGAAUUCUAAGACAAAUAACACAUAACCAGUGGAAUCUAGGAAACACAUUCCCCACUCAACACAGCAGACCAGUUAACCCAUCCCACCAUGGGUAUAUCAUGUUUAUAUAACUGUCCCCCCAUUUAGACACUGAAGCUGUUUAAUUAGUUAUAUAUUGGGGUUGUCUUUGUGCAAAACUCCUUUGUGCUGGAGAGUGCGCUCCAGGCUGUAGAAUCGCCAGGGGAUCUGCUUGAGGUCGUCACUAAGAGAAAACUACUGAUGGAUCUUAUUUUUUCCCUUGUCGUUUCUAGUGAAAUGUAUCCUAUUGUCUAAGCUGUAACUCACUGCAUGCCCCCUCCCUCGUCCCUGCUUGAAUAGCCUCAUCUGUGGAAGCAGUUUGAGCCUGCCCGUCACCACCCCCUACACACAGAGCCACAGCUCAUGACAAGAGCAUGGUCCCCUGGCUCCACAUGACGUCACAAGCCUCCUUAGCAGGACUGCGCUCAGCCAGAGAGCAGGGGUUAGAGGUGCAGCCAGGAGCGAGGCAGGAAUAAAUGCUGCAGAGACGCACCUGCUGCAGGAGGAGAGUCCCUUACACUCUGAGACUGACACGAAGCACAGUGCACAUGGGCAGCAGCUGCUCUCCAGACUGACAGAGAGACCGGCCGAGAAGCUCUUCUGAAAGACUGAAAAGGGAGACGAAGCAGAAAGAACGGCAAAAUACCGGACCUUGUAUCUGUAUUUAUUUUUGUACACUAAAGGAUUUGUGCAUGUAAAGGGAUCAUGUUGAUGAAGCAGGGGAAGCAGGGGAAGCAGUGGAAAUCAAUCUGCAAAGGGCUGAUCCUGGGCACCCUGCUAACCAGCUGUAUGAUCCUGCUCUACUCCUACGUGACACCUGCUGUUCGGUUAAACAUGCAAGAGGUUCCAGUCCCCUACUCCUGCGCCUACCGUCCAGCUCACGCUCGCAGCCUUCCUGCCUCCAAUGCCUCCCAGGGUGGGGCCUGCACGCCGAAGGUAGACGUCAUGUUCAUGAAGACCCACAAGACGGCUAGCAGCACCAUCCUGAACAUCCUCUUCCGAUUCGGAGAGAAGCAUCGGCUCAAGUUUGCGUUCCCCGAGAGUCGAAAUGACUUCUUCUACCCCUCGCUCUUCCAGCGCACCCAGGUCAAAGACUACCGGCCAGGGAUGUGCUUCAACAUCAUCUGUAACCACAUGCGAUUCAACGAGCCAGAGAUUCGCAAGCUUCUGCCUUCCGACACCGUCUACUUCUCAAUCCUCCGGCACCCGGCCGACCUCUUCGAGUCUUCCUUCCACUACUUUGGAAGCGUGGUCCCCUUGACCUGGAAGAUCUCGGCCGAGGACAAGAUGACGGAGUUCCUGCGUGACCCGUGGCAUUACUAUGACCCCGAGGGCUUCAACUCCUUCUACCUCAAGAACCUGCUCUUCUUCGACUUUGGAUAUGACAACAAUCUCAAUCCGGAUGACCCUCGGGUGGAUGAGAGCAUCCAGGCGAUGGAGAAGCGCUUCUCCCUGGUCAUGCUGCUGGAGCACAUCGACGAGUCCCUGAUCCUGCUCAAGGAGGCCCUCUGCUGGGAGAUGGAGGACGUGCUCUACUUCAAGCUUAAUGCCCGUAAGGACACACUGGUGUCCAGGCUGACUCCUGAGCUGCGCAGCCAAGCUACUGACUGGAACAUGAUCGACUGGAAGCUCUACCACCAUUUCAAUGAUACCUUCUGGAGGAAAGUGGAAGCGUACGGGCGGGAGCACAUGGCCCGGGAUGUGGAGGAGCUGCAGCGCAGGAACGCUGAGAUGGCAGCGGUCUGUAUCGAGGGGGGGCAGCCCGUGGAGGCAGGAAGGAUCCAGGAGUUGGCCAUGCAACCCUGGCAGCCCAUUGGCGAGAAGUCCAUCUUGGGCUACAACCUCAAAAAGAACAUUGACAAGAAGCACAGAAAACUCUGCCGGAAAAUGCUGACCCCAGAGAUCCAGUAUCUAACAGAGCUGGGGGUCAAUCUGUGGAUAACCAAACUCUGGGCCCACAUAAGGGAGUUAUUUAACUGGUAGAAAGGCCCAUACGAACAUUACCAAUCAAAAAAAUAAAUUUCAAAUCCUAUCACAUUAUUUAUUUGGAUGAACUUCUGCUGUGGAGGCAGUGAUAACAGUUUCAGAUUAUAUUGCUAUAAACUCAUCUACUGCCAAUAGCCUUUUGAAUCAUGUGAGCCAUAAAGCACAUGCGAGUAUAGUCCUCUCCUCUCUAGUCGGAAAGCUACUGGACCAAGAUGCUAACUAUUGGGCCUCUUCUGCUAGGGAAGUCCCAUCUUCUCACCGGAGAGUAAUAGAACUGAACUCUCUAACUGGGAUUCUAUCUAACCAAGUAGGUUGUAUCGGGUUAUAGAAGAGGCAACCUGGCUAUCAAACACUUCUCACUGUAAGACUGUUUGUUAAAUUUGAUCAGCCCUGUAGAGGGCUGUAGUGCUGUUUGUAAAAGCAUUUUAAGUGGUAAGCACAAAAUAGAUUUCAAGGUGCACCAAUGUUCAGACGGACGGUCGUGCAACAAGCAGGAUAGGGUCGUAGAACUCAUCAGCCUAUUGAUAGUGUUGUUCUAUUUUAAUUGCUAUUAUAGAGGGGGGAGAGGCAGGAAUGAGUGGCAGAACAACUUUAAGAGUUCCGCUAGUUAUGUAGAGGAGGAUUUUAAGGCAGCUAUCUUUGCCCAUUUGUGCUAGCUGUGUAGGGAGUUGAGCAGGGUUGCCUGCUAUUUCAGCUCCACACCAUGUGCAGCUUGGUUAUUUAGGUGUAGAUCCAUCUUGAACAAGGGUGCAUGUACAGCAGUGCCUUAUGACAAAGUCAAGUAGAAAAACAUGCCCUGAAAUUAACAAACUAGGUUAUUUAAUUUAUUUAGAUCAACAACUAUAUUAACAAUUCACGUCAAAUACAAAUUUCAUGUAAAUAAAACCUGGCUUGUUUUUCAGUGAACAAAACUCUGUUUAAGCAAGUUUGAUUUUUAAAUGCUGUUUUUAGAAAUUACAGAUAUUUUCCUAUUGGGAAUUAGUAGAUUUAUGAGCAAACAGAUACUGGUAUUAACAAUAUAGGAAGGAGGAUAAUGUGAGACAAAAGAUUGUGUUUUUUUUAAAUAAUUUUGCAAAUGGAAAAAGACUGAAUAAGGUGCAUUUAAUAACUAUAAGCGGUUACUGUACUGUUUACUGAGUGUGUUGAUAAUUUUUAAUUUAUUCAAAGCUGUCUUUAAUCAUUAUUAUGGGCAUUGACUUUGGAAAGCCAGGCUCUGAAAUAUGACUGAACUCCAUCAUUGGAAUAUACUGACCCCAGUAUGUUCUCACUGUGUCGUUUCUAUGUGAACAGCAGGGGUUUCUCUGGGCACUCAACGUUUUACAGAUAUUCUUGCUAAAUGUUACUGUACAUGUCAGCAGUGUUAUAAAUUACUGAGUACAA